GAUGCUUAAGGAGGGGAGGAGUGCGCAUGCGUGUUGCCUGGGGAGCCCGUAUAAAUAAAAGAAACAGCGGCCGUUGGUGGCUGUUGUGGAAAGGGGCAGAAUGCGAGCUGCGUUAACCUGGAGGGAUAAGGCCGAGCAGUGUAAUCUCCAGCAGAAAGAGAAACCUUAUGCAGUGUGGAAGUGAAGGAGAGAGAAAGAUUAUUUAUGACCUUGCGUUUAAGCCUGAUGGAACCCAGCUGAUAAUUGCUUCAGGAAAUAGACUAUUGGUAUAUGACACUUCUGAUGGAACAUUAAUCCAGCCCUUGAAAGCUCAUAAGGAGACAGUAUUCUGUGUAGCUUAUGCUAAAGAUGGAAAGCGCUUUGCAUCAGGAGGUGCAGACAAAACUGUCAUCAUCUGGACAUCAAAAUUAGAAGGAAUCUUGAAAUACACGCACAAUGAUUCCAUACAAUGUGUAUCCUAUAAUCCUGUUACACACCAACUGGCAUCCUGUUCUUCCAGUGAUUUUGGUCUGUGGUCUCCAGAACAGAAGUCAGUCAAUAAACACAAAGUUAGCAAUAAAAUCACCUGUUGUAGUUGGACAAAUGAUGGACAGUACCUUGCUUUAGGAAUGUUUAAUGGUGUUGUCAGCAUAAGAAAUAAAAAUGGUGAAGAGAAAGUGAAAAUUGAAAGACCAGGUGGAUCUUUAUCUCCAGUGUGGUCUAUUUCUUGGAAUCCAUCAAGCCGAUGGGAGAAUCUCUGGACUGCUAGAGAGAGUGAAGAAGAGGAGGAGGCAGGUCACACCUGUUUAGAGAAUAUACCCGUUCUGAAGUCCAUCACAUGCAGUAGUCAGGGUAGUGAGGCAGAGGAAGAAGAGCAUGAGGAAGAUGAGAGUCCUAGGAAUACCAGCUCAGAUGAACACAAUGACAUCUUAGCUGUGGCAGAUUGGGGACAAAGGCUUUCCUUUUAUCAGCUGAGUGGCAAGCAAAUUGGAAAGGACAGAGUCCUGAACUUUGACCCUUGCUGUGUUAGCUAUUUUUCAAAGGGCGAAUACAUCUUACUUGGAGGCUCAGACAAGCAAGUAUCCCUCUAUACAAAGGAUGGUGUGCGCCUGGGUACUGUAGGAGAACAAAACACUUGGACAUGGACAUGUAAAGCUAAGCCAGAUUCCAAUUAUGUGGCAGUAGGAAGCCAGGAUGGAACAAUUUCAUUUUAUCAACUGAUUUUCAGCACAGUCCAUGGCCUUUAUAAGGAUCGCUAUGCUUACAGAGACAGUAUGACUGAUGUCAUUGUCCAACAUCUCAUCACUGAGCAGAAAGUUAGAAUAAAAAAUAGAGAGCUUGUGAAGAAAAUUGCAAUCUACAAAAACAGAUUAGCAAUUCAGUUGCCAGAGAAAAUCCAGAUUUUUGAACUAUAUUCAGAUGACUCGUCAGACAUGCAUUAUCGUGUAAAGGAAAAGAUAGCAAAAAAGUUUGAAUGUAACUUGCUGGUUGUAUGUUCUGAACAUAUUAUCUUAUGCCAGGAGAAAAGACUCCAGUGCCUUUCAUUCAAUGGCACUAAAGAAAGGGAAUGGGUAAUGGAAUCUCUCAUUCGCUACAUAAAAGUAAUUGGAGGACCUCCAGGCAGAGAAGGCCUUUUAGUGGGUUUAAAAAAUGGGCAGAUUCUAAAGAUAUUUGUGGACAAUCCUUUUGCAAUUGUCUUGCUGAAACAAUCCACAGCUGUACGCUGCUUGGAUAUGAGUGCAUCUCGAAACAAGCUGGCAGUGGUGGAUGAAAAUGACACAUGUCUAGUGUAUGACAUUAACACCAAAGAAUUGCUGUUUCAGGAACCCAACGCUAAUAGUGUGGCUUGGAACACACAGUGUGAGGACAUGCUUUGUUUCUCUGGAGGCGGAUAUCUCAACAUCAAAGCUAGCAACUUUCCUGUUCAUCAGCAGAAACUUCAGGGAUUUGUGGUUGGCUACAACGGCUCUAAAAUUUUUUGUCUCCAUGUUUUCUCAAUGACUGCUGUUGAAGUUCCUCAGUCAGCACCUAUGUAUCAAUACUUGGAGAGGAAAAUGUUCAAAGAAGCCUACAAGAUUGCCUGCUUGGGAGUGACUGACACAGAUUGGAAAGAACUGGCUAUGGAGGCUUUGGAAGGACUUGAGUUUGAAACAGCUAAGAAGGCGUUUACCAGAGUGCGAGAUCUUCAAUAUCUGGAACUGAUAAGCAGCAUAGAGGAGAGGAAGAAGCGUGGAGAGAACAACAAUGACUUGUUUCUCGCAGAUGUUUAUGCAUACCAGGGAAAGGUUCACGAGGCAGCCAAACUGUACAAAAGAAGUGGCCAUGAAAACCUGGCUCUUGAUAUGUACACAGACUUACGCAUGUUUGACUAUGCAAAGGAAUUCCUUGGUUCUGGAGAUCCCAAAGAUACAAAGAUGCUAAUUACAAAACAAGCAGACUGGGCCAAGAACAUCAAUGAACCGAAAGCAGCUGUGGAAAUGUACAUUACGGCAGGCGAGCACAUGAAGGCCAUUGAAAUCAGUGGAGAUCAGGGCUGGGUUGAUGUUCUGAUCGAUAUUGCUCGGAAGCUUGAUAAAGCUGAGCGGGAGCCUUUGACAAAGUGUGCAUAUUAUUUCAAAAAGUUACUCAAUCAUGGCUAUGCAGCAGAAACAUACAUGAAGAUUGGUGAUUUGAAGGCAUUGACACAGCUCUAUGUAGAGACUCAGCAGUGGGAUGAGGCUUUUGCUUUGUGUGAAAAGCACCCUGAAUUUAAGGAUGAUGUCUAUGUUCCCUAUGCUCAGUGGCUGGCAGAAAAUGAUAGAUUUGAAGAGGCUCAAAAAGCAUUCCACAAAGCUGGCAGACAGACUGAGGCCGUCAAAGUGUUGGAACAAUUAACUCAGAACGCUGUGGUAGAAAGCCGGUUCAAUGAUGCAGGGUAUUAUUACUGGAUGCUCUCCAUGCAGUGUUUAGAUAUUGCUCAAGACAAUGAGCAGCAGAAGACUGAAAUGUUACAGAAGUUUCAUCACUUCCAGCAUUUGGCAGAACUUUAUCAUGCCUAUCACUUCAUCCACAAGUGCACUGAAGAACCCUUCAAUCACUAUUUGCCUGAAACCCUAUUCAAUGUGUCCAGGUUUUUACUUCAUAGUCUCACUAAGGAAACUCCUUUGGGAAUCUCUAAAGUCAAUACAUUAUUUGCACUGGCAAAGCAGAGCAAAGCUCUGGGCGCCUAUAAAUUGGCUCGUCAUGCCUAUGACAAGUUGCAGGGGCUGCAGAUUCCAGCAAGAUUUCAGAAAUCAAUUGAGCUGGGAAGUUUGACUAUCCGAUCCAAGCCUUUCCUUGACAGUGAAGAGCUUGUGCCUUUAUGUUACAGAUGUUCCACACACAACCCCCUGCUGAACAACCUGGGAAACGUUUGUAUCAAUUGCCGGCAACCUUUUGUCUUUGCAGCUUCAUCUUAUGAUAUCUUGCACUUGGUUGAGUUCUAUUUAGAGGAAGGGAUCACUGAUGAAGAAGCUGUUGCUUUGAUUGACCUGGAAGUACCAAGACUAAACAAGAGAGACAGUAAAUGGCAAGAGCAGAUGAGUGACAGUAUACAGACAAUGAGUCUUCUUUACAAAGCAGAGGAGAUAGAAGAGGAUGAUCCAUUCACAGCAAAACUGAGUUUUGAGCAAGGAGGAUCAGAAUUUGUUCCUGUGGUAGUGAACCGUGCCAUUCUCAGGUCAAUGAGUAGAAGAGAUGUGCUGGUUAAACGCUGGCCAAAGCCAUUGCGGUGGCAGUACUUCCGGUCCCUGCUGCCAGACAAUCCCAUCACCAUGUGUCCUUUCUGCUUUCAGAUGUUUCAUUCAGAAGAUUAUGAACUCCUGGUGCUGCAGUAUAACUGUUGUCCAUAUUGUCAGAGGAGAACAGAUGAAUCCUGAUAAUGAGGGAAACCAGCCGCUCAGGCAUGGAACAGUUCUUCUGUCGGGAGUCUUAUAAACUCUUUCCAAGUCUUUGUAAUCAAUUGCUUGGGGAGAGGAAAAUAUGAGAAGAAUAAGCAAUUAACUACUUUGGUACAUAUUUGAUGUGUGUAAUUGAGGAAUUUGUAUAACUGUUUGUACAUUUACCAAGUUAAACAGAAAGAAGGCUCUUUGUAACUAUAUCUGUAAACAUAUACAUAAUAUACAUAAUCUUGUUAUGUUAGAAUAUAUUCUUGACAUUUUCAAAACGGCCUGUCAAUUUGUCAUGGACCAAAUAAGAACCUCUUAAAUUGAGAUCCUGGUUGAAGUAAACUUUGCUGUUUCUGUGCCUGCUCAGAUUAGUUCCAUGCUAAUCUCUUCAUAUUCAGGUUUUAUCAUAAUUUCCAAUAAAAUAUUUUUGAAUUAUA